AACUUUAUUGUCUUUAAAGGUAAUGUGAGCUUAGGAUAACCCUGAAGUAAAGGGGGCAAGAGAAGUGUGUUAAAUAAGCAUACCGGGUGUUUUCUGCCUCCUUAUUUUAAUAUAGAACGUUUCCAAAAUUUCCUACUUGUGCUGUUAUGUGCGAUUUCCACAUGUAUUGACUACAUUUUUGCCAUUACAAAGAUAUAAUGUUACCAUUAAAAUAGUUGAAAGUAGCAUACGAAGUUAUUCGUCGUAGAUAUAACUUUAGGAUAAACCAUCAGAUGCUUUCAAACACUUACAAGUGCAUAUACACAUUUAAGAACAAAAAACCAGUCAAGUAUGCAGCCGCAAACAAAAGUAUUGGCACCCUACUCUUUAUUAUACCAUUAGCAAGGUAAUAAAUCAAGAGUAAGCCUUUAGUAAACUUUAAUCAAUUUUACAAAAUAAAAAUGCAAAAUACACGCACUCUAGACAUUUUAACAAGAAUAUUUAUAAAAAACAAACUUGUUUCAUUUAAAGUAUUCGUUUGAAACAAAAGUUAUUGAUAACCCUGCUUUAGUACUUCAUGUGUCCUCCUUUUGUUUUUAUUACAGAUUUCACACGUUAUGAAACUUCUCAACAAGUGCAUUGUAUUAGAAGAAACCUGGGUCAUUCUAUCUUCCUUCAGCUCAGACAUACUGGAUACAUAAUGCUUGGUUACAGCUUUUUUUCAGAUCAGUUUAAAAUAUUUCUGUUGGAUUGAAACCUGGUGAUUGCAAAGAGCAGUAGCAUCUAUGGUGACAGUCACUCUGUUCCUGUUUCUUACCAGCUCUAUCUUUGAUCUUGUUGGAAAAGCCAUUAAUUAUUCGUGAAGGACAACUUUGAUUUCUUCAUCUGUUAAAACAAAAAUCUGAAAUAAGAAAUCUACUUUCUACAAAUCCAUGAACCACAGAAUCUCUGUCACAUGGAAACUGUUUCUUGCUGUUGUGUUUACUGGUGUAGCUAUAAUAUUUCUUCUUCAUGAUAAAAUUAGUCAUACUUUGACUAAAAACGUCCGUUACUGGACGCAAGCUGGUCAUACUAUUCCGGUUUCAAAUAAUUUAAGUGGCCAAAGCUGUCUUACCUCAACUGGCAUUCUUGAUUCUUUCAUUCGUGCCCAUAGUAACAUAGAUAAUUGGAGAAGAGUUACAACAGAUGUUUACGUAUACUCUGCAUACUGGGAUGAUAGAGAUAGGCUUGAGAGACCUUCCGUAGUUGUGAUCGCAGCUGGAUUUCGAAAAAGCAAGAAUCUUUCGUCUAUCGAAUGUGUAUUUAGUAAUGACACAAAUUCAAAGGAGUCUGCGGCUAACACCACAUUCGAAAUAAUGAAGGAACAUCAUCACAAAUAUGCUUCAGGUAUUUUCUUUUACUGUCAACCUUUGUUCGAUAAGCCUUCUCUUUAUGUAACACUCAAACUCAAGGAUAUUGUUGAUAACAUUUGGAUUCCUAUUCGCAAACUCACCUAUGACACCAAAGCAUCUGUCACUAAUACAACAGCACUAUGCGUGCGACCUAUAUAUGGAAAUUUAAACAUCAGUCAAUCGCUCGCUGAAUUCAUAGCGUAUUAUCAGGCAAUUGGAGUAUCACAUUUCUCAUUCUAUAAUGCUGGAAUAGCAAAUGCAACACUUCUCUUUCUAACUCAGCUUCGUAAAAACGGUAUUUCCAUUACCCUAAAUUCCUGGGAUCUCACGGAGGACCUGAGGUCAAUGUGGGCAAUGGGACAAAUGGCUGCUAUUCAGGACUGCAUCUACAGACACAUGAACUAUGACCUACUGGUUAUAGUUGAUUUGGAUGAGUUUAUUGUUCCACAGAAAAAAUAUAAAACAACUUUACAAAAAAUUGUGCAAGAUGUAGACAAACGUCUAGCAAACAAAUCGAACUUCCUGUGGGGUAGUUACGUUUUUCGACAAACAUUUUUUUGUGUUGAAUAUCCUUCAGUAAACGUAAACAAAAAUGGUAAUUUCAAUCUAAUAACCCAGACUAAGCUGUUGCAUGAAAAUAAGAUAUGGCCAUACUGUGAUCGUUCCAAAUACAUCCUUCGACCUCAAAUGGUUAAAAUGGGUGGAAUUCACUGCGUUUUGAAACAUCUUCCCGGCUUCAAAAUGUAUCUUUUUCCUAGUAGGUCUGCACUUGUUCAUCAUUACAGAGAAGGAAUCAGAUUUUGUAAAAAUAAAAAUGUAUCCCUGGCUGUUAGUAAUCGAGCCGUUUUAACCUAUAGACAAGAAAUUUUAAAUUCAAAGGCACUUCAAACAUGGAUAAAGUUCAUUAAAAGCUAAUUAAGUAGUUGAAGCGUCAGAAUGCAGAUAACAUUUUGCUGUUCAGAUUGUUAUUUUUGUAAGAAAAGAAAUGUACAGAAAUUGUUUUGGUGUAGAAAUCUUAAAUUUUGUUAAUAGUUUUUUUUUGUCUAACGAAUUUCAGAAUAAUUGCAGUUUAUAGUAAUUUUCAUUUCUCGUUUAUCUUAAGCCUUUAUCCUCAUCACACAUUGAUGAAAACUAAUUUGUAUGUUUUUAAUUUAUAUGCUAUGGUAUAUAUAUAUUUUGUAAUACAAUAAUACUUAUUUCUUCUAAUGUUUUAGUAUAGAUUGACAGCACUUCUAGAUACAUUACACAUAUUUUAUCAAAGAUAUCUCCUUAACAUUAUAGUUUAUAAUGUAAAAAAGUUUUCAACAUUGUUACCUGAACUUUUAAUAGAAAGCGAUAAAAGAGUGGACUGUAGGACUUUGUUUCUAGUAUAUGCGGUAUGAAACAAUUACACCAAUUUCAUAAUUAUAUUAUAGAAUUAACAAAAUAUAUUCAUUAAAAUAUAUAUAUAAUUGGAUAAUAUGAACUCAACUUUAGUCGUCUUCUAGAUAUUCAUUCUUGAACCUCUAACUUCUUUCGAAAACAAAAUUUCAAUCUCUCAG